AAUGGCUUUUCCAUCUCACUUCCACAGCGUGAGUGUAUCUCAGUGCACGUUGGUCAGGCUGGUGUCCAGAUCGGCAAUGCCUGCUGGGAGCUUUACUGCCUGGAACAUGGGAUCCAGCCGGACGGACAGAUGCCCAGUGACAAGACCAUUGGAGGAGGAGACGAUUCCUUCAACACCUUCUUCAGCGAGACUGGAGCUGGAAAGCACGUCCCCAGAGCUGUUUUUGUGGACCUGGAGCCCACUGUCAUCGAUGAGGUGCGCAGUGGUACCUACCGCCAGCUGUUCCACCCUGAGCAGCUGAUCACAGGCAAGGAGGAUGCUGCCAAUAACUACGCCCGUGGACAUUACACCAUCGGCAAAGAGAUCAUUGACCUGGUUCUGGACAGGAUCCGCAAACUGGCUGAUCAGUGCACUGGUCUUCAGGGCUUCCUGGUGUUCCACAGCUUCGGCGGUGGCACCGGCUCUGGUUUCACCUCCCUGCUGAUGGAGCGUCUGUCUGUCGACUACGGCAAGAAGUCCAAGCUGGAGUUCUCCAUCUACCCAGCUCCCCAGGUGUCCACCGCUGUGGUGGAGCCCUACAACUCCAUCCUGACCACCCACACCACCCUAGAGCACUCUGACUGUGCCUUCAUGGUAGAUAACGAGGCCAUCUACGAUAUCUGCCGUAGGAACCUCGAUAUCGAGCGUCCUACUUACACCAACCUGAACAGGCUGAUCAGUCAGAUUGUGUCCUCCAUCACUGCUUCCCUCCGCUUUGAUGGUGCCCUCAAUGUUGAUCUGACAGAGUUCCAGACCAACUUGGUGCCAUACCCCCGUAUCCACUUCCCCCUGGCCACCUAUGCUCCAGUCAUCUCUGCAGAGAAGGCUUACCACGAGCAGCUCUCAGUGGCUGAGAUCACAAACGCUUGCUUUGAGCCAGCCAAUCAGAUGGUGAAAUGUGACCCUCGUCACGGCAAGUACAUGGCCUGCUGCCUGCUGUUCCGUGGUGAUGUGGUGCCCAAAGAUGUCAAUGCUGCCAUUGCCGCCAUCAAAACCAAGCGCACCAUCCAGUUUGUGGACUGGUGCCCCACUGGUUUCAAGGUUGGCAUCAACUACCAGCCCCCCACUGUGGUUCCUGGUGGAGAUCUGGCCAAGGUCCAGAGGGCUGUGUGCAUGCUGAGCAACACCACUGCUAUUGCAGAGGCCUGGGCUCGCCUCGACCACAAGUUCGAUCUGAUGUACGCUAAGCGUGCCUUUGUUCACUGGUACGUGGGUGAGGGUAUGGAGGAGGGAGAGUUCUCCGAGGCCAGAGAGGACAUGGCAGCUCUGGAGAAGGAUUAUGAGGAGGUGGGCGCUGACAGCGUGGUAGACGACGAUGAGGGAGAAGAGUAUUAAGUGCUAGCAUAUUCCUUCUCUUAAUCUCUACCAUCUAGUUUCAUAAAGUUUAAUUGAACGCACCAUUUGUGCUAAUGAAUUACAGGAUAGUAGAAUUUCUUUAUAAUUUUCAGAUUAUUCAGUUUUAGCAAAAAACAAAAUUAUGUCUUGGCUGGAAUCAAAUACUUUUAUCCACUGUGUACUUUUAACAUGACCUAAUCUAUCUUUACGGAUGUUGCCAGCAUGGGGACUCAUACUCCUUUCUAGUCACUUGAGGGCAGUGAUGCUCCACACAUGCUGACUCAACACCAUGUUGAAGUGCUUGACAUUUCAAACUAUUGCAGGUACUUUACCUGACCUGAGGCAUUAGAAUGUUGAUAUCACAAUUAAUAGUGUGACAAUUCUCCUUUGAUCAUGGCUCAAUUCACACCUCAGUUUUGGCUCAGAUCUUGAGCUGGAUUAUUCAAUCUACAUUCUGUUCAUGGUCUGGCAUUAAAUUAUUUUUUAAAUUUACCAAAACAGGUGUAUUUAUAGUUUUAUAACAGAACAUUGGGAAGAAUACAGAAGUCUUUGGUACGAAAGGUGAGGACAUCAGCAACCAGACAAAGAGAACCCACCAGAGAGGAGGAGAGGCUGUGUGUAUGUGAGGGCACUUGCAUUACAUAUAGCGUUAUCUUAGUGGAAACCUAUUCUGUUUGAUUCAUUUUCCAUUUAAUAUCACAGAAUAAAAGACUUGGUUUGAGUUUUAUUUUUCACUUUCCAGUCCAGUGCUCUGUAAUAAGGAACUAUAUGUGAAAGGAAUAACAAAAAACAAA